GCCCCGCCCCUUGCCCGCCUCUGCCUCCUCCUCACGGCGACUCUCUUACAGCUGGUCGGUCAAAGAUGGCGUUCACAUUUGCGGCCUUUUGUUAUAUGCUUGCUCUGCUGCUGACGGCGGCUUUGAUAUUUUUCGCAAUUUGGCACAUAAUAGCUUUUGAUGAGCUGAAGACGGACUACAAAAACCCCAUUGAUCAGUGCAAUACGUUAAAUCCACUGGUACUGCCAGAGUACCUCAUCCAUGCCUUCUUCUGUGUCAUGUUCCUGUGUGCAGCAGAGUGGCUAACCCUGGGACUUAAUAUGCCGCUACUUGCCUACCACGUCUGGAGAUAUAUGAGCAGACCCAUAAUGAGUGGCCCAGGUCUCUAUGAUCCCACUACAAUCAUGAAUGCUGACAUUUUAGCCUACUGUCAAAAAGAAGGCUGGUGCAAGCUGGCGUUUUAUCUGCUUUCAUUUUUCUACUAUCUUUAUGGCAUGAUCUACGUGUUGGUGAGCUCCUAAAGAUUGUCAGUAGCUCAAGGAGUAGGGAAGAAGCUGCAUGCAUUGGCAAAAUAAACUACAUUGAAACAACAGAAGGUGCCCAGGUAAAAAGACGAGAAGAAGGGAAGGUUUUGCUUAAGGAACUUUUAAGCAGAGUUGAACAAUCAGCAGAGCAUCUUCAGCAUCACUACGCCAUUCGACUGUCGUCGUCUUCUUCUUUAGGACCCCCUUCCCUACCCUCUUCUACUGUUCCUCCCUUUCUGGACUUAGCAGCCAAGGUGAUUCUGUAUGCUGGGAUCAGAAAUCGUUUCAGAGUUUCUCUUCAUGCUUUUCAUUACAAUGUCUCUCUUUUUUUUCCUCUACAAUUUUUGGAAGUUGGGUUUCCUUUGAAACACCCAUAAUUACACAUUGAUGUUUACAAAAGAGGGCUUGUGUGUUGCUUAACCUAAAAAUUGCUCUUUUUCAUAACGCCAAUCAACCAUUUUGCACGUUUUGUUUUGGAUUUUGUCAUCUUUUUCAAUAAAUGUAAUUAUCCGAGGCUAUAUUUUUCUUUUUUGUACAGGCUACACUUUAUACUUUUCUGUUUACUAACUCCAUCUGCGCAGAUGUGCAUCCCGUUGUACGACCGUUUGUGGUCUUUUACUGCACCCCCAAAUUGUUCCUGCAAAUUCUAAUCCAAAGCUGUUUCCCCAGUGGCUAUUUAAAUGAAUAUACGACACUCUGCAGCAGACUUUUUUGGGGCAAAAACCCACACGAUAAUGUAUGAUGUGAUUGCAUUUUUGGACAUGAUGUUCAUUCAUCGAGUUAUUGAAUGCUAAGCUAAAACAAAUGGAUUAAGAGGCCUUUCGUGAAGGAGCUCAUUAGCCUGUCACAGACCUUGCUGGCUCGUUUUCUAAUUGUGACUUCUUAGAGCGUUUUUAUUGCCAUGCUUCCAAAAAUGUUUUUUAGCUCAAAGGAAAGUAAUUUUACUACUGCAUACUAAAGUAAUGUUCAGGUAGUGGGAAGUAAGUUUAACUUUACUUAGCUCCUUUUCUGAUGAACUUGUAUUUGGAUACAAUUUUGUAAAAGUUUAUUUAUUCCAGAGGUUUCGACUCCAUUUAAGAUCUUCCUGCUGUUCAAAUGUGGUUUAUCUUAUUAAAGGACCCUGUGAAGAAUCCUGUCACACUGCUUGCUUUAUUUAGAUAUGCUUUUUAUUAUUUAAAUAAACUGUGGAAUUCACA